GGGAGGUCCCCCCCGCCCCGCCCGUGCCGCCAUUUGUGCCUAUGCGCACUCUCUCUCGCCAUACCAAGACAAACCUCAGUUUGGAUUUGGCCUAUGGCCACCUUGGGGGAGAACAUUGCAGGGAGAAGGGAGCAUCACAUGCAAAGUCUCUGAAGCUGGAGCUGCCUGGUGUAUUGUGGCAGAUGCCUCGCCAGCUCAGAGGGGCCACAAAGGCCAGACACUGCAGAGCCUCCUGGUGUAGUGAAAAUAGUGGCUUUUCCUAUGAGAGAGAUGGGAGCUAUGGAGGGUUUACGGAUGCAGAUAGGCUUUGACAUUUUAACAGCUGUAAGAUUUUCCAUUGAUUGGACUGUUAGGUAUUUAACAAGUCUAUGAUGGACAACGUUUGCUACUCUAUUAAAAUUAAUGAGGCUAAUACAGUCACAUGAUAAAAAAAAAAUCAGACAUGGGAUGGGGCAUGUAGUAAAGCCUCUCCCUCCCACCCUUGCCUGGCAGCCACCCAGAUCCCCUCCUCAGAGACAACCACCAUUACCAGUUUCUAGUGUCUCCCUCCAGAGGUGGUUUCUGUGUCUCUAAGAAAUACCUAUACAUUUGUCCCUCUUUCUAUGCAAAUGGUAUCACCUUGUCUGCUGUUCUGCACCUGUACCUUGAAUCCAUUACAUGUAGAGCUUUCUCCUUUUUGACAUCUUUCUCCUUAUGGGCACUGUAAUGUAUUAACUGGGCUGUAGGUGGGCCUUGGCCUGAGUGUAGGAGCAUCAAAUACCACCUUGGGAAUGCUAGAGAGAUGCCCAUAUGGGUGAGGCUCCUGGACAGAACCAGGCACACAGCAAGUGCUCAGCAAAUUGGAAUGAAAAGGGUUUGCACACCUUUGCUUGGUUCCCAACUCUGGGCCACACACAAUAGACUUGGACCCAAAAAUUCCACUGAAAGCCAUUUAUAUCGGGGGAUGGUGAUUUUGACUCCUUCAAGAGGGCCUUUAGGUCAGGCCCCAGGCUGAAUCAUUGCUUUCAGGCAAGUGCGAGACACUCAAGAGGUUUUGUUUUUUAAAUCAAGGAAGGAUAAGGGUGGAGGUUGAGCCUUGACUCAUUCCUAGAACUUUCUGUAGACAAUGUCUUCUUCCUGGUCAAGAUUAACUCUUUGAUUGAUUGGCUCACUGAUUAAUGAUCUAAUCAGCAGGGGCAAGUUGGCCUAAUAUACAAAGAGCUCUUAGCAACUAAGAAAUUCAUCAACUCUGUGACCAAAGGAUAUGAAGGGAUAGUUCGGAACAUGGAGAAACAGAAAUGGCUUUGGAGCGCAUAAAAAACGUUCCACCGCAUUCAUGUGAAAUGCACAUUGUGACUAGGAGGUCUCACUUUCCCUUAUCAGAUGGGCAAAGAUAAAAAAGACAGUACCCUGCCUGGGCCAGGUUUUAAGAAGGGGCCCUCACUGCCCUGCUGGUGGAAGUAUAAUUUAUUUUAACCUUUUGGGAGGACAUUUGGACAAAUGUAUCAAUAUUUUAUAUAACACACCUUUGACCUAGAGUGCAAAGAUAUGUGUACAAGGUAGUCAUUGAAAUUACCACCUUGUUUAUAGUAGCAAAAAAUUGUAAUCUAACCAAAAGUCUCAGCACGAAUCCUCUUGUUAGAUAAAUUGUGUGAUUGUGGUAUAAUUCAUACAGUGGAAGAGUCUGUAGUCCUGUAAAAGAUUAAGGAAGGUGCAUGUAAUGAUACGGAAUAAUUUUCAAGACACUGAAUAUUGUUAAUUGGGAGGAAAAAGCAAAGUGUAGGCUAGCAUGUGGGCUCCCAUUUGUGGUACAUGAAGAAGGCAUGUACAUAUAAUAUAUAUUAAUAUAUAAGUAAUAUAUAAUAUAAAUAUACAUAUUAAUAUGUACAUGCCUUGUUUCUAUAAAGACCAUCUCUGGAAGAUCCUAAAAGACACUGGUAAAAAUAGUUGCCUUUGGGGAGGAUAUCUGGGAUGAACGGAGACUUUCUGCUUUGGCUGGUUGUCAGGCACAUUUUUAGUUACUUGUUUUUACUUUUUUAUUUGAGAGAGCAAACACGAGCGGGGAGGGGGAGGGCAGAAGAAGAGGGAGAAACAGGCUCCGCGUUGAGUGGGGAGCCGGUCGCGGGGCUCGAUCCCUUGACCCCAGGAUCAUGGCCUAAACCAAAGGCAGACACUUAACCCACUGACACACCCAGGCCCCUCUAUUGUUUUUACUUUUAGUGGGGGAUGGACACCUGUGGAAAAUGCAGGCCUGUGUUCAAAUUUAUCUUCCUCUUGGAGGCCAUUCCUGGUCACAUGAGAUAGUCCCAAACUGUUCUCUAAGGCAGGUGUACCAGUUUUCACCCCCUUACGGGCGUGUGUGCCCAGCCCCACGCGGGACGGCCCAGAAGCGGUCUCAGGGAGCGCCUCCGCCAGCAGAGGGCGCCGGAGGACCGGGGCGUGUGCCGUGGGUCGUGGAGAGGUCUCCUGGCGCAGCCGGGUCAGCGGCGGCUGCCGCCCACUUCCGGGAGGACCUGGCACCACUGCAUCUAAAGUGUCGCCUUUCCCCCGCUACGCAGCCUAGGGGCAGCACCUGGGAGAGCUGGUCUGUGGUCCCGAGUCCUCGGACGAAGCCCCGCCACCCCACCUCGCGGUCUCCGCCGCUUCCAGGAGGGAGGGAAACGAGGGCGGGGGCCAGUCAGUCAGAAAGGAAGGGACAGCCCAGAUCUGAGAAUGGGUCCUCCCCUGCUUCCGUUCCCUCCCAGGCGCAGGUGCUUGUCCAAUCGAGGAAAAUGGAAAGCUGAGGCCCAGGCCAUGGUGUCCGAGCAUUAGCGGCCCCUGAACUCUACCUUUCAGGCGUCUCCAGGAGAUAGGAUUUACUCUUAGGCUAUGGGAUUGUACCAUGGAUUGUUAAUCCAUGAUACUGUUGAUAAACAUUUGAGUCAUUUCCAAAUUUUUGCUAAUUUUUGCUAUUAGGAACAAGGGUUCCAUGAAUAUUCUCUUGUUUCUUCUGAGUUCAGGGCUGGGCAGCAGUUCUCAGCUUUAAUGGCUCACGAGAAUCACCUGCAGAGUUUUAAAAUGCUAAUUCCGGAGACCGCUUCCCCACCCCUACCCAGACUAAUUAAAUCAGGAUGUCUGUGGAGGUGGGGCCCAGGCUUGGGUGUUCCCUAGCAGAAUCUAAUCUGUGGCCUGGGCUGAGAACCCCUACCUGUAGAUUGGCCUAGGAGUAGAAUGCUGGGAGGAGGAGAGUCACCUGUUACUAGCAGAUGCCAAACUUUUUCAAAGUGGUGGCCAUUGACACUCUCCUCAGCAUGGGACAAAAGUCCUGCUGCCCUCACACCCUCAUCAACACUUGAUAUUGACCAAAUUUCAACUUUUUUUUCUUUUGAUGGGUGUGAAAUGGUAUCUCGCUGUGGUUUAAUUUGCAUUUCUCUCAUUACUAAUGAGGCAUUUGGUGAAAAUGACGAAACAGACUGAAAAGAAGCCAGCCAGGUGAAGAUCUGGGGGAAGAAGAUGCGUUGGGGUGGGGGGUGGCAGUGGCUGGCAGGUGCCAAGGUCCUGUGGUGGGAAAGGGCUGGGAUGUGGAGGAACACAAAGAAGUGUGGAGGGAGAUCAUUGUGCCUGGGGAGUGGGGAGAGUGGCUCAAGACAAGGUCAGCAUAGGUCGGAUCAGCUGGGCGGAGGGCUGUGGUGAGGACUUUGGCUUUUACUCUGGGUGAGACAGGAAAGUGGGAGGGUUUGAGCAGAGAGACAAGGUCUUACUCCUCCCUCUGGCUUCGUGUGGAGAAUCACGACAUUUUGGAACUAAAUAGACACAGGAGGGGGGUGUGUUCUUCGUAGUGACUGCAUAUGGCCCACCUCCCCCACCCUACCUUCGACUCACCAACUAGAACACAAGUUAGUGACGCAAGCAGACAGUUGUCCCUGCUCUCAUUCUAGGUGGUGAGUAGGGGGACUUACAGGUUUUCAUAGUCCUUGUUUCAUAGAUGGAAACAAGCUGGCGGGGGACCUUUGGAUUUAUUUCUGUGCCCCCACCCUCACCCCAGGCCUGGCAUGGCCCUGUCUGGAGUGGGUGGGCUUACAGCAGAGCCCAGGGUGAGGCUCCAGCUGUCCCUCCCCUGGGCCCACCCCACAUUUGAUCAGUCAGUGCCCCCUCCCCCCCACUGUGGAGCCUGGUGUUAGGGACUUUAGACACAGGAUUCAUGACCUCCAGACAGGUGAGAAGACCCACCUCAGCCCCUCCCUUCCCUACUUUUUUCUCCCACCUGCCCAGAGUGAUCUUUCUCAACCAAACUCUUAAUACGUCCCUCCUCAGCUGAAAAUCCUGUCUUGGCUCCCACUGUCCUUGGGGCAAAGUUCAAACUCCUCUAGGCCCUGGAGGCCCAGCAGAUCUGACCUCUCCGGCUUGCCCACCCCACCCCCAUCCCUGGGAGCUGCUCUCAAUGACUCUGAAGUAGUUACUGAUUCUAACCUCGGGCCUUUCCCCUCGGUAUUUCUUCACUUCCUCUGGGAAGUUGCCCCGGACCCCCUGUCAGGUGACCCGCUUCUUGACUGUCACAGCGCCCUGUGGCCUCCCCCCAUCAAAGCACACUUCCCUUUGCUUAAUAAUUGUCUGUUUACUUCGUCUCUCUCCCCCACCAAACGGCGAGCUGCCCUUCGGUAGAGACCCCGACUGUUUAGUUCAGGACUGUGUCCCCAGCUCCGGGAAUAGUGCCUGGCACGUAGCGGGUGCUCAGUAAACAUUUGCUAAGUAAAGGAACGGAUGCCUUUUGCGAGAUGAUGCCAGAUUGCUUUGCAAAAAGGCUGUGGCAUUUCGCACUGCCAGCAGCCACGUGAAGGUGUUCAUUUCCUCGCAUCCUCCCCCGAAAUGUGUAUCGUCCCUCGCUCUUUGCGAGGCGCCAGCCUGACCGAGGAAAUUUCCGCCCCCCUCCCCGAGCCCGAGGCGGAGGCGGUUUCGGAACGUCAGGUGCCCAGACCGCUGAGCGCGGCGCCAGAGGGCGCCAGAGGCGGACGACCGUGCAGCGCUGAGCUGGCGGGCGCGCGGGGUCCCGAAGGGGGUCCCGUCUCGCCUGGGGCUCUCGGUACCCGGCUCCCGCCCUCCCCCGCAGUCCGCUGCGCGGCAAUCCGCACAGCGCCCGCAGCCGGGCCUCCGAGCUGCCCCCCCCGGCCCCCAGCGCCACGCGGCGCUAGCCCCGCCAGCCCCCGGAGCACCUGCUCGGGGCGUGGCCUCUGGCGAAGACGCGGCUCGAUUGGCGCGGAGGUGACAAAGGGGCGUGGUCUCAUCCGGCCCCGCCCCACCCGAGGCUGGCGUACUUAAAGGAGUUGGCGGUGCGUCUCCACUCACAGCGCAGCGGCACGGCCUCGCGGGUGGAGUAUCUCGCGACCCCUGCGCGCCCGGCGACCCCGGCUGCUUCGGCAACCAUGCCGCGCUCUUUUCUCGUCAGGAAGUCCGCGUGCUCCCGCCGGAGGCCAAACUACAGCGAGCUGCACGACUCUUCUCCAGAGUUUACCUUCCAGCAGCCCUACGACCAGGCCCACCUGCUGGCGGCCAUCCCACCUCCCGAGGUCCUCAACCCCACGGCCUCUCUGCCCACGCUCAUCUGGGACUCUCUCCUGGCACCCCAAGCCCAGCCCAUCGGCUGGGCCUCCCUUCUGCCCCAGGAGGUCCCCAAGGUCGUGGAGCUGACCUCCCUGUCGGACGAGGACAGUGGGAAAGGCUCCCAGCCCCCCAGCCCCCCCUCACCGGCUCCUUCGUCCUUCUCUUCCACCUCAGCCUCUUCCCUGGAGGCCGAGGGCUAUGUUGCCUUCCCAGGCUUGGGCCAGUUGCCCACGCAGCUGGCCGGGCUCUCCGUGGCCAAGGACUCCCAGACUCGCAAGGCCUUCAACUGCAAGUACUGCAACAAGGAAUACCUCAGCCUGGGUGCCCUCAAGAUGCACAUCCGGAGCCACACGUUGCCCUGCGUCUGUGGCACCUGCGGGAAGGCCUUCUCCAGGCCCUGGCUGCUGCAGGGCCACGUCCGGACCCACACUGGCGAGAAGCCCUUUUCCUGCUCUCACUGCAGCCGUGCCUUUGCCGACCGCUCCAACCUUCGGGCCCACCUGCAGACCCACUCAGAUGUCAAGAAGUAUCAGUGCAAGACAUGCUCCCGAACCUUCUCCCGCAUGUCUCUGCUGCACAAACACCAAGAGUCAGGCUGCUCAGGGGGCCCCCGCUGACCCUCAAGGCUCCUUCUGCCUCUCCAGACCACCCCCUCCAUUACAGCCUCCCCAACUCCCGAAAGGAAGGCACACCCCCAUCCGUCUCACUGCCUCGGAAUUCCCUUCUGAACAACCCUGUUUGGCUGCAUUGGCCCCACAGGACUCUGAGGACCAUUUUCCAGUUCGCUCUGCCCUAGGUGCCUCAGUAGGCUCAGAGGCCUUUCCGUGGACAUUUCUGUGGAUGGCUGAUAGGGAGGGUGGCUUGUAGCCGAGUGUUCUGGAGUUGGGCUUCUCUGUGUGGGUUUGUGUGUCCAAAGGUGUUUGGAUACAGCUGCUUUGAGCUCCAGGACAAAAGCUGACAGACUAAUAGGAAGCUUCCCCCACUCCUGUCUCCCCCCCACCCCACUCAGGGGAACCCAUCCUCCCCCACCCGGAACCUCAGGCCACCCCUCUAGGAGGUGUGACUAACUAUGCAGUAAUCCACCCCUAGGUUCAGCCCAGGGGCCUGAACGCAAGGACAUGUCUAGACCCCAGGUUGCUCCUGGGCCUGGGCAGCUAUCUCAGCCUCCUGCUUGUCAUGGUGGCACCUGUCUCAUGGGCAGUUUAACAACAGUCCCAAAAGGGACUGUGAGUAAUUGCUGUCACUUGUUGGGGGCCUGAGUGGGGUGCUUCAGCCCGACCGAUGUGUCUCCCAGAACUAUUUUUGGGGUCUGACAGGUGGACCCGGGAGGAAGAUGUUUACAUUUUUAAAGGUACACUGGUAUUUAUAUUGCAAGCAACAUUUUGUACUAAGGAAACGUUUUGUAUAGUUAUAUGUACAGUUUAUUGAUAUUCAAUAAAGUGGUUAAUUUAUGUAUUAAAAAA